CACGUGUUUUCUCACGGCCACACCGACACUUGCCCGCGAGUCGUGAGACUCGCCGUUCGUUUUGGCGCCGCGUGUCCGUGACGUCACGGGACAGAACCGGACAUCUCGGCGACCUGGAUGCCGCCACGCGCACGCGCACACCUCGACGCUGCAGUGCGCGGGAGCGUGCAUCUCUCCGACGGCUACACACACGCACGCCGCAGAGCCGACCGAGCGGACGCGGGGAGGCAGCAGCCGCGGUGGCCGACGGGAAGCUGCGGUUGGAAGGUGACUGCAGGGGGAUCGAAGCAUCUGAUCAGGAUGAUGAUGAGCUCGCCGUCAGACAAGAUGAAGAAAAAGUGGUCGAAGGACAGUCUCACGCUGCUGCCAUGUUUUUACUUUGUGGAGCUGCCCAUCGUGGCCUCCUCCAUGGUGUCGCUGUACUUCCUGGAGUUGACGGACGUCGUGCGGCCGCCGCAAGUCGGCUUCCGUUGCCACGACCGCGAGCUCAGCAAGCCGUACGUGGACGGCGGGGACGAGAUGAUCCCGCUGCUCAUGCUGCUGAGCCUCGCCUUCGCCGGCCCGGCCGCCUCGAUCAUGCUGGUGGAGGCUUUCGUUUACUUCCUGCAGACCCGGACCAAAGUGCGGCGGGCGGAAGGGAGCAUUAACGCCGGAGGCUGCAACUUCAACUCCUUCCUGAGGAGGACCGUGCGCUUUGUGGGUGUGCACGUGUUUGGUCUUUGCGCCACGGCGCUGGUCACCGACGUCAUCCAGCUGUCCACGGGCUACCACGCCCCGUUCUUCCUCACCGUGUGCAAACCCAACUACACGCACGUCGCCUGCGACACCAACGCUUACAUCACCAAAGACAUCUGCUCCGGACACGACCACCACGCCAUCGCGGCCGCCAGGAAGACGUUCCCAUCCCAGCAUGCGACUCUGUCGGCUUUUGCCGCCGUGUACGUCUCCAUGUAUUUCAACUCCACCAUCUCGAACAGCACCAAGCUGCUGAAGCCCGUGCUGGUGUUCUUCUUCGCCAUCGCCGCCGCGCUGACGGGCCUCACCCAGAUCACGCAGCACCGCAGCCACCCGGUCGACAUCUACGUGGGCUUCCUGAUCGGAGCUUUCAUCGCCGCCUACCUGGCUUUUCACGCGGUGGCCAACUUCAAGUCCUCGGACAUCGCCCUGGCUCCGCCCCCUCCACCCGUCUUGACGGACCCCUUGCGAGCGCUGACCGAGCGAGGACACGAGUCGGUGUACCAAAAAGGCCCCGCCUCGGCCUCCGAGAGCAACGACGAGAUAGCGGCGGCGCCGGCCCCGCUGGAGUGCCGAGACGGCGCGGGGCCCCUGCAGAGAGAGGUCGCGUCCAUGGGGUCCCUGAAGAGGGCCAGCGUGGACGUGGAGCUGCUGGCCCCCCGCAGCCCCAUGGCCAAGGAGACCAUGCUGACCUUCAGCAACACUUUGCCGCGAGCCAGCAUCAACAUGGGCGAGGGGGCGCCCGGUCCCGUCCAGCAGAUCCAGCCGGUCCAGUUGCGUCUCAAGGCGGUCCACGUCCCGAUGGACCCGGUCUCUUCGCAGCGUCUGUUGACCGAAUGGAAGCAGAAGUCCAUGGAGAUGCGAAGCCAGAGCACGCGGGACGAGAACGAGACCAGCGAGGACGGCUCGGAGGCGGACGACCGAGGAUCCCAGGUCCCCAUCUGCUUGUCCGGCAAGACCUCUGCCUCCGGUCGCAACCGCACGCCCCCUCCGAGUGGCGCCAAAGCGGUGGCGACCCCAAGACCGCCUCAGAUCCCGGAAGCAGGGCCGCCGCCGGUAUCACCGAAGAGCUCUGUGGCCCGCGCCAAGUGGCAAGCCAUCCGAGAGAAGACGGGCGGGGACACUUCAGGCCGCGUCCCCGCCAACCAGCCGCGCCUGAUGCAGGUGGUCGCCAUGUCCAAGCAGCAGGGCUUGCUGGGGUCCUCGUCUUCGGCGGAGAAAUCCUCAGAAACGGACUCCACCUGCUCCGGAGCCUCCUCCUCCGCCGCCGCCGCCUCUCCGCGAUACCGACAGACGCCCGAGAAGCAGCGGGAGGGAAUCGUCACCGUGGACGCCCACGCCUCCCACCACCCUCUCGCCCAAGCGCCGCCCUCCGAGCGAAACGGCCGUCCCUGGGAGUGGGGCGGCGGCGACCUGCGCGACACCUACGACCUCAACAGCCUCCAGCGAGGAGACUCCGCCGCCUGCGGCAGCAGCUUCCGGCCGCACCGCUCCCCCGGCGCGCCGCACUCGGCUUCGCCCCAGCCGCAGUUCGAGGUGCUGACGGACGCUCAAAGGAAGGAAAUGGCGAUGAGACGCAAGACGGCGCUGGUUCUCCUGGAGCGAGACGGCCAUCACGCCGACGAGGACAACCACUUCAAGAGUUUCCAAAGCCGCAGGAUGAAGGAUUAGGCUUUCAAAAUAAAAGGGAUUAUCGGAAGCUUCCACCGCUUGGGGUGACACACAGUGGGCGUGGCCUGCUAAGGACCGCCCACCGAUUGUACAAUGGCUGUUUUACCUGUGUUGUGAUCGCUCCGUUGCCUUGGUGAUGCUCAGCAUGUUUGUGU